AUGAAGCUCCUUUUGCUGACUUUGACUGUGCUGCUGCUCUUAUCCCAGCUGACUCCAGGUGGCACCCAAAGAUGCUGGAAUCUUUAUGGCAAAUGCCGUUACAGAUGCUCCAAGAAGGAAAGAGUCUAUGUUUACUGCAUAAAUAAUAAAAUGUGCUGCGUGAAGCCCAAGUACCAGCCAAAAGAAAGGUGGUGGCCAUUUUAA